AGGGAAAACGCACGCGGCGCCCUACCACUACGGCUCCUAGUAUGAUUACGGGAGUCUCCACCAUACGACCGCUCACUCCGUUAUUUUGAGUUUGAAUGAAAUCCCAAUGCAAUGUAUGUCCUCGAGAAUGCACACAAAAAAAGAUACACCAAACUCGCACUUGGGGAUGGAGCUAUCCGAAUCAAGUUACUGGCCGCUCCGCUGUUGAGUUCCAGACGAUUCCAGACCCCACGGCCACGAGCCAUGACCUCAUUGGGACUCAGGAACAGAACCCUUCGUUUCUUGACUCAAAGGUCAUCUUGGAAGAUCCCAUACCGUCGUCCAAGCUUGUGCAAAAAUUGGGGCCCAAUUAUUUGGUUUGGCAUCUAUCUGUCAACAAGGGCUUUGUUCGCUUCACACUUGUACUUCCCAGUCGCCUCCCAAUGCCUGGCAUGGUCUCAUCAUUGUGCAUCAUGGAGUUCCAGCGAUGCAGGAAUAUGCGCACUUACUCCAUGGUAUGCAUACCGAGGCUUCGUAGGAUUGACUCUCACCUGGUCAAGCCUCAGCUGCACGACAAGGAGAUCUCAUGCACCAGUAAUCCACCAAUGCUGUCGAGCAAACGCCAUCGGAGCUGAGCCCGAAACUGUACCUCCCUCGGUGGUGGGGUCGACUUCGCGAUUACCUAACUUGCUUAUCGCAUGAAAUCAGAACACGGCACCCCUGAGUCUUACUACGUCACAACCUAUCUGGAAAACAUUCCGCUACUUUCAAGAUGCGUUUUGUCCCGUAAUUACUUCUAUGUUUUCUCAGGUGUCUGCCCCAUGGAAAGACAAUAUGCCCACGGGCAGUCAUGCUGUAUUACCCCACGAUUACUUCGAUCCUCUCGUAAUAUAAUCCGCCGGCCUACUCUGUCCAUUCGCUGUGAAUUUAUAGCGACCAUCGCAAGUUUGAUCAAGCCUAUUCACCAAUUUCAUUAAAAUCGCAUCGUGGAAGCAAUCGUUGUCUGGGCAGUUGGUCUGAGACUGCGCCAAUUCCAAGCAAUAUCACAGGCGGGGCUGUGAGACA